GACUCCUCGCCGAACCGGGCAGAGAGCCAGGGUGCAAACUUCGACGUCCAGUCGCUGGACUGCCCAAUUUUGCUGCCCGCCCUAGUGGUGCGGAGCGAGGUGGGUGGGCUAUGGGCGGGGCGGCGCCCAAGGCCCUCCUUAUAUCUGGCCAGACCACCUCGGGCUCCAUUCCUCGGAGGCGGUCAACAAGAUGUUGUGGCUGUGGUGGGCGCUGGCGCUGGCGGCCGGGGUCGCGCUGCUCGUGACCCGGGUCCGGAGGUUCGUGGGCGGCGGCGGCCCGAACCCCUUCGCGAAAGACGUGAGGAGGCCGCGGGAGCCGCUGGUGACCGACCGGGAGGCCCGCAAGAGAGUCCUCAAGCAAGCUUUCUCUGCCAGUCGUGUGCCAGACCACCUGGAUGCUGUGGUGAUUGGGAGUGGCAUCGGGGGCCUGGCAGCAGCGGCCAUCCUCGCCAAAGCAGGAAAGCGAGUCCUGGUGCUGGAGCAGCACACCAAGGCAGGCGGCUGCUGUCAUACCUUUAGUGAAAAUGGUCUGGAGUUUGACACAGGAAUCCAUUAUAUUGGGCAGUUGAAAGAGGGCAGCUUUAACCGCUUCCUCUUGGACCAGAUCACGGAGGGGCAGCUGGACUGGGCUCCCAUGGACUCCCCCUUUGACAUCGUGGUGCUGGAGGGACCCAGUGGCAGAAAGGAGUUCCCCAUGUACGCUGGGGAGAAAGCCUAUAUUCGGGGCCUCAAGGAAAAGUUUCCUCAUGAAGAAGCCGCCAUUGACAAGUACAUGAACAUGGUGAAGGAGGUGGCAAAAGGAUCCUCUCAUAUGGCCAUGCUGAAGCUCAUCCCUUUGCCCAUGGUGAAGCUUUUGGACAAGUUUGGGGUGCUGGCCUUUUUCUCCCCUUUCUUUAGAGCAGCCACCCAGAGCUUAGCGGACGUGCUCAACCAGCUGCCUGCCUCCCCGGAGCUCAAAACCGUGCUCAGCUAUAUCUUUCCCACCUAUGGUGUUCCCCCAGAGAAUGCCAGUUUCUCUAUGCAUGCCAUGCUCAUCCACCACUACCUUCGUGGAGCCUUUUACCCCCAGGGAGGCUCCAGUGAAAUCACUUUUCACCUUAUCCCAGUGAUUCAGCAGGCUGGGGGUGCAGUCCUUGCCAGGGCAACAGUGGAGAGUGUGCUCUUGGAUUCUGCUGGAAAAGCCUGUGGUGUCAGCGUCAAGAAGGGCCGCGACCUGGUGAACGUCUACGCUCCCAUCGUGAUCUCCAGCGCAGGAAUAUUUAAUACCUACGAGCGCUUGCUGCCUGAGAAGGCGCGCUGCUUGCCAGGUAUACAGACCCAGCUGGGAAUGGUGCAGCACGGCAUGUCUACACUUAGUAUCUUCAUCUGCCUCCAGGGCUCCAAGAGUGACCUGGGUCUGGAAGCCAAGAACCGUUAUGUCUACUUUGACACAGACAUCGACAAGGCGAUGGAGAGAUACCACUCCCUAUCCAGGGAUGAAGCUGUGGCACACAUUCCCUUUUUCUACAUCACCUCAGCAUCAUCCAAAGACCCAACAUGGGAGAAGAGGUUCCCAGACAAAUCAACAAUGAUGAUGUUGUUGCCUGCCCGCUAUGAGUGGUUUGAGGAAUGGCAGGAUGAGCCCCAGGGCAAGAGAGGGAGUGAUUAUGAGGCCCUGAAGAACUCCUUCAUUGAUGCUUCCAUGUCUGUUUUGAUGAAACUUUAUCCUCAGUUGGAGGGGAAGGUGGAGAGUGUUUCAGCAGGGUCACCAUUGAGCAAUAAGUUCUUUCUGGCUGCCCCCCGUGGAGAGCUCUAUGGGGUUGACCAUGACCUGAGCCGUCUCCAACCCCAAGUAAUAGCUGCAAUGAGGACCCAGAGCCCCAUCCCCAAUCUCUACCUAACAGGGCAGGAUGUGCUCGCUUGUGGUUUUUUUGGGGCCCUCUAUGGGGCUAUAUUGUGCAGCAGUGCCAUCCUGCAAAGGAACUUGUACCGGGACAUCAUGAAGCUCCAAUCCCAGGUUUCAGCUGCCAUGCCCAAGAAGAUGAAUUAGCACAAUCCAAGUGGACCCUCUAUGGCAAGGGAGUCCUUGGUCCCAAAUGGCCUGAGAGAGCAGGGAAGAUUCCAGGACCUUUGACUCCUAUUACCUGUAAUGUAACCCAAUACCCACUACACUGUGCCUUGUGGAAAGGAAUAGCCACUCAAUAAAUAAUAAUCAUUUUAGUAGUAA